AGAACGUACGAGUAGAUAUAUAAGCUUGUACAAACGGCUUAUUUAAUAGUACAAAGUUUGUUGCGAGAUUAGCAUGACCAGUUUUCGGUACGUAUUUAUUUUCGCGUGCUUCAUAGUUCACAAUGAAGCGUCGCGAAUACUUGCGGUAUUUCCGACGCCAUCAAUUAGCCAUCAAGUAGUGUUUCGGCCUCUCGUAGAAGAGCUAGUGAAAAGAGGUCACGAAGUGGUUGUUGUAACUACUGAUCCAGUGUACAAAAAUGGUGGAGCACCAACAAAUUUGACAGAAAUUGAUGUACACGACCUGUCUUAUGGAAUUUGGAGGAGAGAAUUUCUGCCGGCAAGCGUAACGUCAGGUAGCAAAGAAGAACUGUCGGGGCAAGUCAGUAUGUCAUUGAAAAUAUUGAUGAAAGUUUUUGAGGAACAGAUGUUGACGACUGAAUUCCAAAAGCUGUUGAAAGAUAAAUCACAGAAGUUUGAUCUGCUGUUACUGGAAGCUUUUGUCACGCCAUUGCUUGCUUUGUCGCAUGUAUUCAAAGCCCCUGUGAUACAAGUCAGUUCUCUUGGAAAUACGGAGGACAAUCUGCACAUGGUGGGGGCAGUGUCUCAUCCCAUUUUGUACCCGACUCUUAUGCAACAGAGUUUGAACCACCUCAGCCUGUUCGAAAAACUGUCUGAAAUAUACCAUUACUAUGAUACCUUGGCUAUAUUAGAUGCAGCUGAAAAAUUUUAUGAUGAAAGAAUUGCUGCAGUAUUUGGAACAGAAACCCCUCCUUUGACAGAAUUAAAGAACAAUGUGGACAUGUUAUUUGUGAAUAUUCAUCCGAUUUGGGAAAACAACCGACCGGUUCCACCGAAUGUGAUCUAUAUGGGAGGAUUGCAUCAAAAACCCGAAAAGGAAUUACCUCAAGAUCUCAAAAACUAUUUGGACUCAUCUAAGAAUGGUGUCAUAUACAUUAGUUUUGGAACUAACGUAGAUCCAGCUCUGUUACCUCCGGAAAAAAUACAGACGAUGAUCAACGUACUUUCUAAACUACCCUACGAUAUCUUGUGGAAGUGGAAUCAAGAUGAGCUGCCUGGGAGAACUCCUAAUAUCAGGAUUUCAAAAUGGUUGCCUCAAAGCGAUCUUUUACGUCACCCAAAAGUAAAAUUGUUCAUCACACAAGGAGGUCUGCAAUCUACGGAUGAGGCCAUCACUGCUGGAGUGCCUUUAAUUGGAAUGCCAAUGUUAGGAGACCAGUGGUUUAAUGUGGAACAAUAUGUGCACUAUAAUAUUGGUAUCAGAGUCGAUAUGGAUACAAUAUCGGAAGAUAAACUAAGCAGUGCUAUCCAAACAAUCUUGAAAAAUAAUAAAAGCUAUCGUCAAAACAUCGUGCAUCUCCGAAGUAUAAUGCGAGACCAGCCCCAAAGCCCACUAGAGCGCGCGGUGUGGUGGACAGAGCACGUGCUUAGACACUCCGGCGCACGUCACUUACGCGCGGCGGGUGCCAACUUGCCUUUGUAUCAAUACUUAGAACUAGAACUAGUCACUUAUGUAGUUUUAGCUUUGUUGACUGUGGUCACUUUGACCCUUGUGACCCUUUAUUCUUUGUAUAGUUUAGUCAGUAAAAAGUUUGUGAGACAGAAAGUCAAAAGCAGCUAGUUUAGUAGUAAGUAGGUAGUUAAAUACAAUUUUAGGUUUAGUGUAAAAAAAAUCCGACUGAUGAUGUCUAAGAUAAGAAUCUUUUAAAGCUUGUUGUUCACCUAGUCACUCAUUCUUCUUUUCUUUACCCUUCAAUGAGAGAUUGUUAUCGAAAAAAAUCGCAGUGAUCAUUGACAAAAUUUUGGACAUGACAGUUCACAAUUUCAGUUUUAAGAAAAUCUAACAUUUAAAAAAUAUAAAAAAAGUUUAUAGGUAUUAUAGUUACAAACAGACUUUGUGAUAAUAUUUUGAUAUAGAAUUGAAAUCUAUACGAACAGAGUUAUCUUAACUAUUUAUUUCCGUAUUCUAAUCACACUACAUAAUUAUUUGCCUUGAGAUAAUUUCGUAGUUACCAUGAGAACUCACGUAUCGUUGAGAUGAUAAAUUAUAAUAAUUAUGACGUCAUUAAGGAAUGAAUAACAUUCAAUAAAAUUAUAAUAUUUAUUUU